AUGGGGCAGACUACAUUGCCUCCGCGUCGCCCUCGACAUGCUGCCAUGAGAGACGACGGAGGAAGUUAUGAUUCCAGAGAACGGCCUCGAUCUGGCAGAGGAGUGACGUCCUCGGAUCGACCAGGAUCUCCUCCCCACGGGGCCCGUCUCGACUCAGACUACGCCUCUCGGCACCACCACCGUCCCAGAGACUCGGCUCCAUCGCAGCGGCACCGCUCACGAGACCGCAGCCGAGACUACAAUCGGCGAGACAAACCUUCAUCCUCGCGCGCCCCCGCCGAGUCGGAAGACCUGAUCCCUCGCUAUCGUGAGAGCAAGGCGCGCUCCUCGGAGGCCAAGACCAGGACGACUCGGGGCAGCCGUAGCCGCAGCCGCAGCCGUGAUCGUGAUCGUGAUCGUGACCGUGACCGUGGGGGGUUCGGCUCUCCGUCAUCCUCGAAGCGACACAGGAGUCGAAGCCGCAGCCGCAGCCGAUCCUUGAGCCCGUCUCGUAGGAAACGCUACAAGAAGGCUCACAGCCCACCUCCGCGCAGCCCAGCCCGAAGCUCCAAAGCCGAAUCGAGGAGACGAAGACAUCAUUCCACCGACCGUCGAGAUUCUUCACCGCGUCGCCACCGUUCUUCCCACAAAUCCCCCUCCCGAUCCGACGACACCCGUCGCUAUUCGAGGCGAAGAUCUCCACCCCAUUCCCCGGCGAGAUCUGAGGCUGAGAGGAGACACACCCGACGCGACUCCUCACGCCACCGUCACAAGUCCGAAACAUCUCGAAGCGUAUCACGAAAUCGGUCUCCAUUUCCUUCUGACAAACGGCGUCGUUCGCCCUCGAAUCGCAGGGACUCGCUGUCACGCGCGGGCGGCUCUGCUCUGACAGUCCGCACUGCUGCUGACGACCAAUCGAGAGGUGACGCGAACUACCGAUCGGCUAAUCGAGAUCCAAGGCCUCGAUCUCCCCAGGCCCAUCGAGAGGGAAAACGAGAAAAGGAUAUCCCCGAGCCGCAUCAUACCUCGCGGUCGGACAUCGACGACGAUAUGACGUCUCGAAGUAGUUACCGUGGAGGAUAUAACGCUGCUUAUUCGCACCAAUCUCAUCAUAGCAACGAUCCCCAAGGGUUUUCUCAGUCUCCUCAGAAUUCUGGCUCUUUUCACAAUUCUCCGUCUUCUUCCUCAUAUGGCGCCGGCCGUUCUGGAUGGAAUGGUCAUCAAUAUUCUCCACAACAGCAAUACCCUCCCCAGUAUACUCAUGGAAGUGGUAGCUAUGCUUCCAGUGUCCCCCCUCAAAACGGAUCACAGAAUCACUACCACGGCAAUUCAUUGCAUUCUCCUCCAUAUGCCGCUCCUACCGGUCCUCAGGGUAGUUAUCGAGGAAAUCAUCGGGGUGGCGGCUUUCGUGGCGGAUCUUUUGCAAAUCGAGGUGGCUAUCGCGGCUCCAACUUCAAAAGCGCUUCUGGGAACUCCUCAUCUCGGGCGCCACCACCACCACCUCCUCCUCCUCCCCCUCCCCCUCGAAGCAAUGGGUUUCCUUUAGAUGGGGAUGAUGAGGUGAGACAAGCCACCGCAGAUGCAGACGCAAGUCCCAGGGAAGUUGUAGAACCCACUGAUACCCAUGAACAUGCCGCUGUGGACCACUCAGACGAUGUACCAUCAGCCCCCAAGGACAAUCAUGGCGAAGCUUCAUCACAAACCCCAACUAAGCCAGGCAGUGGUGCUGGAAAAUUUAGCUUCGCCUUUAAACCGUCAUCAAAGCCCACACCUGCAGCUCCAAAGCCAGAGAUAUCUCAAAAAUUCAACGCUGCUCCUCAAAGACGAGAGCCUGUGCAAACUCAAACUCCUAAUCGGGAUCGAGAGCCUCCCCCCAGCGCCCCUACUGAGCCGUCGUCGGUGCGGUCCCGGCGAGAGCGGGAGCGCGAACGAGAGCGCGAACGAGAAAGAGAAAGAGAGCGAGAACGAGAGUUUAGGCACCCCCCUGAAGGGCCGAAAAUGGCGCCUAGAACACGGAAGGUUAUGAAGGUUAUGAAACGACUGAAACCUCGACCGACCCUCCCGGACGACUUGAUCGCGUCUGAGUCGGUAUUUUUCAGGAAACCAGGAAAUGAAUCCGUUGUUGGCUCGGGAACGUACGGUAAGGUGUUUAAAGGACUAAAUGUCUACACCAAGGGACUCGUUGCUCUGAAACGGAUUCGCAUGGAGGGCGAAAGGGAUGGCUUCCCAGUAACUGCCGUGCGAGAAAUCAAACUGUUACAGUCACUGAGGCACACAAACAUUGUCAAUCUUCAGGAGGUCAUGGUGGAGAAAAACGACUGUUUCAUGGUUUUCGAGUACCUAUCGCAUGACUUGACGGGCUUGCUCAACCAUCCUUCCUUUACUUUGGAUCCAGCCCAGAAGAAGCAUUUGGCCAAGCAGCUUUUCGAAGGUUUAGACUACCUUCAUGAGAGGGGCGUGCUUCAUCGCGACAUUAAGGCCGCAAACAUCCUUGUCAGUAGCGAGGGCAUAUUGAAGCUGGCAGAUUUUGGCCUUGCUCGAUUUUAUGCGAAGCGGCACCAGCUAGACUACACAAACCGUGUCAUUACAAUCUGGUAUCGAUCACCUGAACUCUUGUUGGGAGAAACCAAGUACACUGCCGCUGUCGAUGUAUGGAGUGCCGCGUGCGUCAUGGUAGAGAUCUUUUCGCGGGUGGCCAUCUUUGCUGGCGACGGGACAGAGCUCAGCCAGCUCGAUAAGAUAUACAACAUCCUGGGGACACCCACCCGCCAAGAUUGGCCCGGUAUCACCGAUAUGGCAUGGUUCGAGCUGCUUAGGCCAACUGCAAAGCGAAAGAAUGUCUUUGCAGAAAAAUACAAGGAGAAGGUCUCUCCCGCUGCUUUUGACUUAUUGCAAUCCAUGUUCUGCUACGAUCCGGCCAAGCGGCCCACAGCGGCUAUGGUUUUGCAGCACCCAUACUUCACUACCGAAGAGCCAUUACCUACCCAGGCAGUAGAGCUAGCGAAUAUCGGUGGUGACUGGCAUGAGUUUGAGUCAAAAGCCCUGCGUAAAGAAAAUGAACGGCGAAAUCGAGAAGCUCGAAAAGCUGCCAAAGACACUUCUCGAGACAACGACAAGAAGCGCGUCACAGAAUCUCAUGACCGCGAGAGGAACGUCAAGAGAGUACAUGUCGAUCAGAAACCACUGGAAAGUCGGAGUAGCAGCACGACAACGACAGCGGCAACGAAGAAAUGA